CCUGCUCGCAACAGUAUCCUGGGCAAUUACCACUCACCAUUGGAGUAUGAAGAAAAGUGCAAGUAAUCCAAAACUCACAGGUGCCACAGAUGCGCUUGCCCGAGCAGACGCUCCGUAUCGCCCUGAUGUUACUACAACCUAUCAGAUGCACCCAACCUCAAAAGGGGAUCCGAACGUUAAGAGGGUGAUCCAAAGUCUUACGGCAUGGGUAAAUUCGUACGUCAUCAACGAUUCAAUGACUGUCCGUGACCUUGUAGCCGAUAUGGACGAUGGUCAGAUCUUGGCCGCCUUCUUGGGUCAAAUAACCGGAGAGCAGGUUGUUGAUCCGCAAAUGCUUGCUGCAAAGUCAGAAAGAAGCAAAGUAGCUAUCCUUGCUCAUGUCAUCAAGUUCGUGGAGGUUAAUUUGAAAGUGAGGCAAGACCGGGAACGGUGGACAAUUGAGGGCAUCAUGAGCAAGGAUAUAUCAUCAAUCAUUUGCCUUCUGGUAGAUCUGGCACAAGUUUUGGGAUGUCCUUACAGUCUACCCCCUGGGAUAUCAAUGGCAAUUAUCAAACGAGAGGAACUACCUGGAGGAGUUAAAAACAAGACAACUGUCCAUAAAAUUACUCCCGAGGAAAUCAAAGGCGUUUCUCGUAGCAGCAGCGCUAGAAUGUCGCAGAUAGAGCUUCUACCACCAGAUGUUGAUGGUGGUCCUCAAUAUGAGCCUGACGCGCUUGACAAGUUAUUUGAAACACCGGAAAAGAUGGAUAAAGUAACGAAGCUGCUGCUAGAAUUUGUCAAUUCUCAAUUAGAAGGUCUCGACAUCCGCAUCAACAGCUUGACUAAAUUGGAAGGAAUAUAUUUGAUCUUUCUCAUUGGAACGCUGGGGAACUUCUUUGUCCCCCUCCACCACUAUACUCUCAGUCCAACCACCCUUGCAGAAAAGAUCGCCUAGAUCGAGAAUGCCCGGUUUGCCCUAUCCAUGAUGUUGGAUCUUAAUAUCGACAUUACUCGCAUAAAUGCUACUGAUUUAGUCCGGAAGGAUGUCAAGGCACUAUUACGAUGCUUAUAUGGGCUUUUUCAAGCAUUUAAUACGAAGCGUGGCGAAUGAGCAAGUUGGAAAGUACAAGAAGUGAACAAGGCAAACCACAUUACUUUGAACAUACAUGGUUUUAGAUUUUGUAAAAAUAGCCAUUGAUAUAGUAGCACCGUCAAUGAUAUAUAAUGUCGUACCUUCA